AUGUAUCAUCACAGUCUUCGUCAAGAUGUUUUCAUAAAGGACGAGUACCAUUAUUUAAACGUUCCUAAAGUUGGAACAUUCACAGUGUAUGACAGUCUUGGCUGCGCCUUUAAAUGCCUCGGCAAUCCUUCCUGUUUGUCCUUCAACCUGGCAGCUUACAAAGGAGCAGAUGGAAAGUUGCGGUGUGAGUUGUUAUCCUCCGAAAAGUACAGCAAUCCCGAGGAGUAUAAAAGGAACGAGAGUUUUCAUCACUUUUCUAUCAAGGUGUGGUAAAUUCUUUGUAUAGAGUUUAAAGUAAGAUAUUUUUUAUAUAUCAGGUCUACGCGAUUUUAAUAAUGUGUCUUGAAAUAUAAGAUACUUUCGUGUAAACGUAAAACUCGGCGCCGUAAUUCUUUAUAAAAUUAAGGUUCUUUAUAUGGAAUAUCAGCUAAGAAAUCGAACAGGAACUGGCGUAAAAGUGACAGACGAUAAGACGUCGGAGUUAUUCAGUCCAAUGUCACUUUCUCCCUAUUUUCUUGCCUCAACACUUAACCGAGGAACAAAAUUACCUUAAUGAAAAGAAAUCAUAUGACAUCAAAAUUUUUUAUUAUUAUUUCAGACUCCUUGCAUGUCAUCAUCGUGCCAGAACGGAGGCACCUGUGUAGCGAACUACAAGUAUCACACGUUUGACUGCCGUUGCAAGGAAGGGUUUUAUGGAGAAUUCUGUGAAGGUAAUUGCUGUACCGCCGCCCUGUACAUCAAUUCGAGGCAGCAUAAAUAGUAAAGCCGUCGUCCUUGAUAAUAUUUAAAGCCUAUUGUCAGGUGUGCAACGGGCCAACAAUCAUCUUUUGGCGUCUUUUUAACCUGCUUUGAAGCAUUGGCAGAUAAAUUUGUCAGUGCUCUCAAAAGUACAUUUCUCUCUUGUCACCAUCUGGCCAAAACCGAUCAAGUUGAACAAAACCGCCGCUGGCUGCUGUCAAAUUACUAAUUUGACAUGACCGUCAAAGUUUGAAUCGUCUUCUUUUCAAUAAAAACUGUUGACUCCUUGACUCCCCCCCCAAGUUUACCUGUCACUUUCUCUCCUUUCCACCUCUUUUGCUUUUCUUCUUCCGUACUUUUCUACUGGCUUCAUUUUGGGGAAAAAAAUUUAAAAAAAAACUGAUGACGUCACAAGUGGUACAAGAAACGUAGCUAAAGAAACGAACGGGCAGUUAAAGUGACUGGAUGUGGUGUGAAUUUGUUAACCCAAACGUAGUUUACACCCCAAAGAUUACAGGUUAUUACUUAAGACGUGACCAGCAGUCUGUCUCACAUAAAAAGGCAAAGACCCGUAAAGGGAAAGUGGGUAACCUGUGGUUUAAUGGCUUCCUUGCAGACGUUCUCCUCCUCCCUUCCCUUUCCCUUUCGAACGCCUGCCACGCAGGCUAUCUGUAUCACAUAAAAAGGCAAAGACCCGUAAAAGUGCCGUAACCUGUGGUUUGAAUUUUCUCUUGUCCUUUAUCCCUCCUCCUCCCUUAAUUAUCGGUUCUUGGUAAAGUAAGAGAAAAUCUAAGUUGAGUUUAUGUUUCAAAUUUUUUUUCAGUUGCAAAGUCAUGUCAAGUCCUUUAUGAUCAGCUCAAGGAAAAGUGAGUAUCACUACUGAUUUAAAUAAUAAUAAAAUUAAAUAGAAACAAUAAAAUAUUGAGUCUCGAUGGGGCUGUUCCUACACCAUUAAAACAGCCACAAAUGCAAAAUAAAGGCACCGAUAAAAAACACUUUAAAAAGGUUUAAAAUUGAUUGCAAUUGUGGGUUUUUGAAAACUUGUUGGCAUAGUGCAGUUAUUCAAAAUUCAUUUUUGAAGUCUGUAAUGUUUAUGACCGGGAGGCAUAUUUAUUGGACAACAGAAUGGUUUGUCAUUCACAAGUAAUUUCUUCUUGACUUAUUGAGUUCCAUAGCGCAAAAGACUCUUUUGCACUAUGGAAGUCAAUAAGCCAAUAAAAAAUUACUUUGAAAGAGUAAUUGGCAAUACUUUAUAACAAAAUAAACUAGGCAAUCGUGACAGAGCUCUUUAAGUAACAUUCCCUUUGUUUAUUCGACAGUCAAGAUAUGGAAAAAAUAAAUUAAAUGAGAUUUAAUUUUGUAUAGGUUAAACGUGACUCAGUUGAUCACUCUUCUCCUUGAUUCCAAAAAAAUUCCCGUUCUCUGCCACAUGGGAGAUUUUGGAUGUGGAAAUGGAGGAUGGACACCGGUCAUGAAGAUGGAUGGCAACAAGGUAGACUUUUCAGUAGUUUGAUUAAAAGUUCGGGAACGAAAGUGAAAAAAAAAAAAGGUUAUUAAAUACCGCGGACUUGAUUCUUUAAGCAGUAAUUCUCAAUAGGAGUCCGGAGUGCUAUUUAAAUGAUUUUUCUAAAAAUGUCCGAGGGGCUUAUUUCCCUUUAGAACGCUUUGCACAGGAGCAAAACUUUUUUGGAAAAUGGCAUCCACGAUAAACGCCAGUCUCCUGCAGUUUUUAGACACUAUAAAGAACUGAGGUGGACAGUGUCAAGAACUUUUUACAUCGUAUUAGUAACGGGAGCCUAUAGGGCCCUGCUUUCGGCGACGUUCAGCGAAUUAACAGCGUAUUAAACUUUAACCAGUGCAAGUAACAACCUUAAUUUACAGUUAGUAUCCGGUGGUCGGCAUAAAGAGUACUUAAAUUGCUUAGCCUUGACAAAUCUCCCAUAUGAAAGGGGUGAAUUUUUGGUGAAUUAUAUUAGUCUACAUGAGUUUUUAAACCGUGCGAAAACUGUUCGAAGGAUCAUCUGUUGCCUAGAAAUUUCUAAAGCUUGAGAAAGGCUGAAAAUUUCUGGAUAACUGCUCCACGCGUUUAUACUAUCAAAAAUUAUAUGCUCUAUUCUUACUAGUAAAAUACACGAAGUUCAUUUACACAGCAAGAGCCUCAAACGAUGAUCCGAAGUAAUCUGAUCAUGAGACAAUGAGACAAACCACAGCAGGACUGUAGCGGGAUCCAACGUUUGUUGAUAAAAUUAAGAGUUUCGCAAUAUUUCUGCGAUCCCAAGGUAAUGGAGCCUUACUAGAUGUACAGGCGAAAUAACCUUCCGACCAUACUUGAAUCAAAUCAUUCUUUACCUAUGAUGGAGACUGUUGUUCUUAACAAUUUUAUCACAGCAAACUUUUCACUUCGACGCCAGUCUCUGGAGCAACAAAGAAACCUUUAACCUUGACGGAGGGAAGACUGGGUUUGACUUACAGGAGACUAAACUACCUUCCUACUGGAACACAUCUUUCUCCAAGAUCUGCCUCGGUAUGAAGAUCGGCCAGCAGAUCAGGUUUAUUGUCAUCAACAAGAAGGCGAACUCCUUGUACUCUCUGAUCGCUGAUGGCCAAUACCGCAAGACCUCACUGGGUCGCGGCACGUGGAAGUCGCUGAUUGGUUCUAAGGCCUGUUUACAAAGGAAAUGUAACAGGGAAGGAUUUAAUGCCAAGAGUAACAAGCAGAGUAAUUCGGGUAAGGAUCAGUCAAAAGCAAGAAUCGGUUUCCUCGGCAACAAUGAAAACGAUUGCGAUAAGUGUGACUCUAGAAUCGGGUUUGGUACUGGUGGAUUGUAUGAUAACAGCAAUACAUGUGGCAACGAGGCUACGUAUUAUACAGACAACGGCAAGAAGCAUAUAAAGGGAAUAGGUUAUAUCUUGGUACAGUAAAACGAUAGCACCAAAACUAGGAAGCAGUCAAGAUCAGUCAAGUCUUUUUUGUAUCCUCAGUUAGUAGUCUAUCCUUUUGGAUUUGGAUUCAGUUUAUAAUUAUUCCCUGCCGUUAUAUUUCGUUAUUACACGGGCACCAGUAACUAAUUUCGUAAACUUACAAGGCGAAAGGAAUUACAUCUAGUAGCUUUUUGACUGAACUAUACAACAACGUGUUCGAGUGGUAAUGCCACUCAACACAAGCUUCAACAUAAGGAUAAAAACCCGCCACUUGGAAAAAAGAUGACCAAAAGAUAGUUAAAAUAAAGGUUUCGCCAAGCUUAAAUGAAUUUUUCUAGAUUCAAAGUAUGUGGAUAAUGGCAAAAAUGAAUGAAUGAAUGAAUGAAUAAGUAAUGAUUAGAAAUGAAUUAUGUAUUAUUUUAAAUGUCAAGCCCAAAAAAUAAUUUCGUGGUUUUUACCUGAUUUCUAAUUCUUGGUUAUAUCCAAGAAGACGGCCAAGAUGGCGACCAUGUUUGGAGCCUCCAGUAGCACCACCACCCAUAAAAUAUACCUCAUCUUGUUGAGAAGAUCAAAGGCUUUUCACUGAAGGCAAAAUCGCUUCGAAAUACUGCAACAUACCAAAAACUCCAGGGAGGGGUUCCGUCAACCCCCCCUUUCUGCCACGGUGGGGGUAUAUGAGAAUUUGCGUGUUAUAAAAUAACCAUGCUUUUAAUACUUAUCUCAUUACAGUCAAGCCAGGUCCAGCGUAACCCUCCCCCACUAAGAUUCCAUUAUUUGAAAGUUGAAUCCGUUGGUAGUUGUAGAUUUCAGAUUCAUCUCUGCAUUCAUGCUUAAUGACCAGUGAAUUUAUAUGCAAGGCAGUUAAAAUUUUUGCCUGCUCGGUCUUCUUACAUUUGAUGUGUGUCGGUUUCAAAGCAAUUUUGUCCAUUCAAAGAUUUUUUCAUUCUGACCGAAUACAAAGAGGUUAUUGUAAAAAAAAAUUCACUGCUCACCACGCAUGCAGGAACUCAGAUUCAAAUUUGAUACAUGUUUGUAUUGAUUUUCUGUACUACAACCCUGGUCAAAACGUAUUGGGACACUUGCAGGAAAUUAUGCACAAAUAUAAUACGCACUUUGCUAAAUUAACUCAUAUUCUUCCUCUUAAAAAAGCUUGGGGAUGUUGUUAUAAAGGGUUAUUUCUGCUGUCCCCCUCUCCCCCAAGCACAUAACGUCAACACAGCACCGAGGGGGAAGGGGGCAGGGAAGAUGCCUCAAUUUGACGAGCUAUUGCGUUAGUGUCCCAAGAGUUUUGACCAGGGUUGUAGCUCACUUGGCUGGGAUAGCAGGCCGCUCACGAUUUAAAACCGUAAGAGGCAAAACCAGUAAGGGUUGUUGUUACUGUACAAAGUGCAGUCAAGAGCCAUAAUGGCUCUUGGUGCAGUUAAUUAUACUCGUCUGGUAUUGCUUAAGAUUUAAGCUGAUUUCUCAUUCUAACUGUAUUACGACAAAUAAUAUAUAGAUUUAGCCAAGGCUAAAAGCGAAGCGUCCAUUUUUAGACUUUUCAUUACUUAAAACGAAUAAGGUUCACCCUAUUCCAAUCCAGAAAUUAAUGCUGAUUUUAAAACAAAAAAUAAAAUCAAAUUCGAUCACAGUAACAGAGAAAAGAAUUCUUACCCAUACGUGUGCAUCAUUGUCCCCCUCUCCCUUCACCACACCCCUUUCAAAAGUUUAUUACUCAUGAAAUUUAUUGUUUUCUGGUUGUCAUUCACGAAACUCUUUGGCUGCGUCAAGUUCACGGUUUAUGUUUAUAGGUCAAUCUAUCCGUCUCAAGGAGAUUCUAACCAAAUGUUAAAGAAGGCCGAUUUUUAUGUUAGAAUAUGUUUUCUUUGCAAAAUCGGACCGACAAAUCGUUAUUGUACCUACAUGUACCCGGUAGAUUAUAUCUGAUAAGCAGUAACCUUUACUAUAAGUUAGACUUUUUGUUUCCGAAAAGACCCAAGAAGGUUGAUGAACUUUUUUAACAUUUCCCCCUACGAACAACCAUAAUUUCGUAGUCUACACAAACUGCCCUUUGCGCGUUGUGUGUUUUUAAUAAUGCGCCUAAAUGUGCGCUAGACGUAAACUACAGCAAAGACACGAGUCUGUCAUAAGAAUACUAGACAAAUCUUAUAAUUACGUUCUUUCUUUUCGGCGAGAAGAAACAAUGAACACAGGCGUAAAUCACACGCCAUGCUUAAACCAUUUUAAGACAUUUCAUUCACGCUUCAUUCAGACGGGGAACCCGAAAACACUGACCCCCGGUCCAUAGACUAGGCCUUGGCGGAUUGUGCUAGCAAUAAUUGGAGCAAAAAAGCAUCAUUUUUUAAACGACCACUGCCACGGCAUAAUUAGCAAAUUUUAGCACUUUUUGGAGCAUAAAUUCAUAAAAUUUAGUAAAUAAGGUGUAUUUACCUACAGAAAUAAAAAAUUAAAUCAGCCGCAGGGAAGCAGGUUCUAUUCUCGGCUUGCACUGUCACGCAAUGAAAAAUAAAAAUGCAAACCAUUCAAUACAGAAGGACUAGAAUCUGGGAAAUGAAAAAAGAUAAAUAUACAAAAACCCUUGCCAAGAAUCAGGUCUGUGAAAUAUUUCAAACGCGAGAUAUUGGGAAAAACGGUUUACCUAAAUUUACAAAGCUUUGUAUGGAAACGCCAUGUUGGUGUCCGUUUCAGGAACACCAAUAUGGCUGCCGGAUACCAACAGAAACAUCUGUUUUCGAGUUUUCCUACUAAUGCGUGAAUUCUUCGCUUGAGGAACUCAUAAAGAUUACAGUAAUAUUUAUUCUGAGACAAGGAAUGUUUAGAUUGUAAAAUCUCCCAAAAUCGGUAAUGUUUUUAACCCACAUAAGAGCUUUUCCGGUCGCCAGCUAAAUGCCGCGUCACACAAAAGCCUGGAAAUUCAAGCGUCUUCUCUCGCAAAACGAAGAACCCUUUCGAACCAAAAAUUUGUUUAUGUAAAGAUGUUUAGGUACUGUAAUACCUCGUGAAAGUAGAAACUCAGAAGAAUCGAUAGUUUCUUAGUUUGAUUUUUGGUGACGUCACGUGCAACCCAAGAAUUGGUGCAGCCUUUCUCUGCUGCAGCUGAGCGAGCCUUCUCCCUACUCUCGGCGGCAUUUAGCGAUCAGCAGGACAGCGCUCUGGCAGACUAUCUCCAGGCCAGCGUAAUGUUGCAGUACUGACAAUAAUAUAAGUGCUGAUGUUGACUUGUGUAUUCUUAUCCAUGUUUAUUCAAGCAAUUAUUGGUGCUGAAAGAACUCAGAACUGCCAAGACAAGUUGAUUGACUUCGUGGCUUGACACUUUCAACGUUGUAGUUCGCUAUAGUUUGAGUUAGUUUAAAUCAAGAUAGUACUAUAUUCUAAAUUUACAACAACAGUUUAUUUGAAAAACAUCAUAAUUUGUUGUCGUUAUUGCGCGCCUAUAUGUAGAGAAUCUACGUCAUUUGUGAGCAUAAUUUCGGAAAUCAGGAGCAUAAUUUGGGAAAUCUGGCAAAAUUUUGCAUAAUUUGGCAAAAUUUCGAGCACCGCUAGUAGGAUAAUAUGCCACUUUUAGGAGCACAAUCCGCCAAGGCCUAGUCUCUAUCAUCUCCUCAUUGCUUAGUUAUUCUGCAUGAAUUCUAAAGACGUUUACCCAUCACCCACGCAUUAUUUAUGAAGACAAGAGAAGCCCAAAGGAAGCUCCCAUACCCAGGCUAAUCACCUUUCCUAGCAAAUUUACCAGAGAACUAUUUUGUCUCGAGGCAGGGUUUUAACUGCACUAUACUCACUUCAACUGACGUUUUAAAUAAACAUUUUGUCUCAACAAGCUGGUUAUAUUUCUAAGCAGGUUUAUUUAUAGCGAAAACAAGGCGAACUUAUAAAUUAUUUCAUACAACUUCGUUAAUUAGAAUUUUCUUAAGCGGUCAUAAUCUCUUAUCGGGGUGCCAUGGCUUGGAACCAAACCAAACACGUGGGACAGAUGAUCUUAUUAGCUUUAAACUUGCGACAUCCUAAGAUAUAACUUUUUAUUUUAUUUUUAUUUUUUGACCUAUUUCUUCUUAUUAUAUUAUUGUAUCCAAAUAAAUCUUGCUUACCCAGUUACGUUUAUAAGAGUCGAUAGGAACAUAUAUAAAAUUGUAAAUCGUAGUGCUAAAUUAUUGUUAGUUAAUCACCAGUUUUAAUAUCUAUAGGUUGUAAUCGUCACACAGCAUGUCUAAAAACCAGCUUGCUGAGCCAAUUUAGUGUGUUUAAAUAAAGUUGAUUGAUGGAUUGAUUGAGAGUUUCUCUAUUAACUCUUUCCUUUUAACGCCGAGUAAUAAACAAAUAAAUAGUCAAGAGCUAAAAUUCAGCUGGGUAUUGUCAUAACACUGAGCUUAAAUUAAAAGCUCUUUUAACUCUUCCUUCUUAACGACGGAAAUGAAUUAAUAGAGCUGAAAAACAACACCAUCUGAGCUUAUAAGUUACUGCAUAUAACUUUCUUUAUAGUGGUCUUCUUUUAUCUCUUAUCCUUUAACGUCAAUGAAUAUAUUAACAGCUACAAAUAAGCCCAGGGGUAAUAAUUAAAAACUUUAUACGUGCAAUUUACAAGUGUAGUGCUGCCAUUGUUCUCAGACUCUAAAACAAUUUGUUUUAGAGUCUGAGAACAAUAGCUACUCUUGCAAACUACACGUGUACAAGUUUUAUUAAAUUGACCCCAGGGUUUUUACAUUGCCCAACAACCGCAGAAUCAAUUAUUCAGAAAAUAGAUGUGAUAUUAAAAUUUGAAUGUACUGUUAGAAGUAUAAGCCUAAAUACAGAAAUGUUUAAUGCCUUUGCUCGGUAGUCUAAAUAUCUGGCAUACAUUCAAAAUUUAAGUUGCAUAAGAGAUGGUCAAGCCGUACUUAGAUCUGCGGUUCUAGAUUUCUCUUGAGCGGUUUAGGUUGCAUUAAAAUUCACUGCAACUGUCAUUUUGUCUAUUUAAAUGUGUCAAGAAGGUCUUAAACAUAUUUGACAAUUACAAACAAAAGAAAGAAAUCGUGAAAUAGAAGGAAAACCGUUUUGAAUAUGUUAAUGAAAUAUUUAGUUAGCACUGAAUCUGAUCUUUCCAAUCCAUUUCGUGACUCAAGCAUUUAUGUUUUACUUUUAAUUUCUUCUUGCUGUUUAAGGCGUCAUAAAGGCUUACAGCUCAGGGUGGAACACCUGACUGUGUAAUUUACCAUUUAUAUGGGAAAACUGGACAUUCCGGUUUGAAAAUCAAAUGGUUUGUGUCAUUCCAUUUAGGAAGGUUCAGCGAAGAUUUAAGACGAAGCAAUGUUUGUAGUUUUUUUAGUCUGUUCAGCCGAUUUGGAUAUAAUUUGUUGCGGCUCGUUCUCAAACUUUAUUCACCAUUUUCGCCGAGACCAUAAUUGUGCCUCUUGUUUAUGGCUUUCCCCUCCCCCUCCCACCAAAUUUUUCAUUACCAUUGUUUCCAGUUUCUUUCUCCUUUUAAUACAGUCGCCCCAAGGGAAAUGGAAAACAACGAUUAUGGCACAUUUUGGGGUGUAAAGACGAUACUUUAUGCUCUCGGUAAAAUUGUCAAUAGUUUUAUAUCUAUGCAGAAGUUUUCCACCCCGCGGCGGGUGGUUUGUGUGAAUGGUAAGCAUCUCUCAGCUUCCAAAGAUUGUUUACUAAGUAUGCAAUACAACAGACGCGUUGAUCAGACAUAAUAGGGACUUGAAGAUCCAACGACGCGGACGGCAGCGAGAAUGUCAUAAAAAACAAUAGGUUUAAUGAGCAAAACAAAAACUUUGCACAUGCAUCACACUUUUUUGUACAUUUCUUUUCCUUUUUUGCACGACUUCAACGUGAAAAUGCCUAAUUUCGCGUUUAAUGGGGAACGUAAACAAGCAACGACGAAAUUUUAUUUCUCUUUCUGAGCUUAAAUAAUGGUCCCAUGAAAUUCCGCUUUAGGAGAGUUCGCCUACAAUUGACAAAGUAGGUGGGUAGGAAUAUUCGCUAUUAAGACUGAAAGAACGCAAAUUGACUUUUUAAGUGACGUUCUUGCUCCCGUCGCCCCUUUGGACCUUAAAGUAUCUAAUAACAACUCAGGUUCGAUUGAUGAUCUUUCGCCUGGCCGCCUGAAGCGACAGACACACGAUUGAAAAGAAAUUCAUAAAUAAUGAACAUUUAAUAUAUUGCAUAUAAAUUGAUGGUUUUUGCCGGAACACCAAUCGCUUUACCAAAUAGUCAGCGUUUUACAGUGUUUGUCAAGUUCCUCUAUUUCACGGAGUUCUCCAAGAGUCAAUUCACUAAUCAGGGAUGUUCUCUUUUUACUUUUGCUCGUUGCCCCUCAUUCCAUUGUUUUCUGUGAUACCUAAUGCGACUUUUGCUC